AUGUUAUUCUGCCCCCUGGAUGGUACUCUACUCCAGGUUCGACCUGGACCCAACAGCCACUUUUACUGUUCGACGUGUCCCUAUUCGAGUUCUAUUACGACUCCUCGUACCCUCAAGACGUAUCCGAAACGAAAGGUAGUCGACGAUAUUCUCGGAGGAGCAACGGCCUGGGAAAAUGUGGACCGUACCAUGGCGGUUUGUCCCACUUGCGGACACAAUGAAGCUUACUUUUUGCAAAUGCAGAUUCGAAGUGCGGAUGAGCCCAUGAGUGUCUUUUACAAAUGUACUAAGUGCAAUCACCAAUGGAAUGACAAGUAA